AAUUCCUGUAUUCCCAGACACUCAUAGUAUGUAGUAAUUAAGGUUUAUAAAGCUUGAUCAAAUGACAUUUAGGAAUGACUUGGGUAAAGGGUUUGUGAUGCGUUGGCUGGCCAGAACAAAGGCAGCACUUGCUUUCUUGUUUCCCACUCUUCCCAGAACCCCUCCCCCAGCCUUUUUCUCCACCUGCUUGAGAAAAGCUAGACUUCUUCAGGCAAACCUCAUAAUUGCCCUUCUGUGCCUGAUUUGGGCCUCAGGAAAGGCCCAUCGCAUCUGUAAAGCUGGCAGCAAAAUGGUAUUUCCAGGCAGGCACAGGGUUGCUGGGUAGUGAGCCAAUCCACUGCUUUGUCUGAGCAGCUGAGAACUUUGCCGGAGUCUUACAGCGGUGUUCAGUAACACAGACCUGUGCCAUGAGCCAGUAAAGCACUGAGCAAGUGUGAGGGUCAGUAUUUAUAGACCACUACGUAGCUGAGAGAGAGAGAGAGAGAGAGGGAGAGAAGUGGAGAGACACGGCACAGAGGGCAAGGGAAGGAAGACAGCAGUGGAAGGAACUUUAAUUUCCAGUGUUUUAUGUGGUUUUUAAUUCUUUCUUUCUGAAAGAUAUUCUUUUUAACUGUCAGGUUUAAACUUCUGCUGAAUCAUAACCAUUUGGCCCUGAGCUAUGACAAGAGAGGAAACAAAAAGUUAAGGAGCCAGCCUGCGGAAAGUGAGAAGUGACGUUCCUUGGUAACAUGCUUUUGCGAAGUUCAGGAAAAUUAAGCGUGGGCACCAAGAAGGAGGAUGGCGAGAGCCCUGCCCCUACCCCUCGUCCGAAGAUCUUACGGUGUAAAUGCCACCACCAUUGCCCUGAAGACUCUGUCAACAACAUUUGCAGCACAGAUGGGUAUUGUUUCACAAUGAUCGAGGAAGAUGAUUCUGGAAUGCCUGUGGUCACUUCUGGAUGUCUAGGACUCGAAGGGUCAGAUUUUCAAUGUCGGGACACACCAAUUCCUCAUCAAAGAAGGUCGAUAGAGUGCUGUACAGAGAAGAAUGAAUGUAACAAAGACCUUCACCCCACACUGCCUCCACUAAAAACCAGAGAUUUUGUUGAUGGACCCAUACACCACAAGGCCUUACUUAUAUCUGUGACUGUCUGUAGUCUGCUCUUGGUCCUUAUUAUUUUAUUCUGUUACUUCAGGUAUAAAAGACAAGAAGCCAGACCAAGGUACAGCAUUGGGUUGGAGCAAGAUGAGACCUACAUUCCCCCGGGAGAAUCCCUGAGAGACUUGAUCCAGCAGUCUCAGAGCUCGGGAAGCGGGUCCGGCCUCCCUCUGCUGGUCCAAAGGACAAUAGCUAAGCAGAUUCAGAUGGUGAAACAGAUUGGAAAAGGUCGCUACGGAGAAGUGUGGAUGGGAAAGUGGCGUGGCGAAAAGGUAGCUGUGAAAGUGUUCUUCACCACAGAGGAGGCCAGCUGGUUUCGAGAGACAGAAAUAUACCAGACAGUGCUGAUGAGGCACGAGAACAUUCUGGGGUUCAUUGCUGCAGAUAUUAAAGGGACGGGGUCCUGGACACAGUUGUACCUGAUCACAGAUUACCAUGAAAAUGGUUCUCUUUAUGACUACCUGAAGUCCACCACCCUAGACACUAAAUCCAUGCUGAAGUUAGCCUACUCAGCUGUCAGCGGCUUGUGUCACAUACACACAGAAAUCUUCAGUACCCAAGGCAAACCAGCAAUCGCCCACCGAGAUCUGAAAAGUAAGAACAUCUUGGUGAAGAAAAAUGGAACGUGCUGUAUUGCUGACCUGGGCCUGGCGGUGAAAUUUAUCAGUGACACAAAUGAAGUUGACAUCCCACCCAACACAAGAGUUGGCACCAAGCGUUAUAUGCCGCCGGAAGUGCUGGAUGAGAGCUUGAAUAGAAAUCACUUCCAGUCUUACAUCAUGGCCGACAUGUACAGUUUUGGACUCAUCCUUUGGGAGGUGGCUAGGAGAUGUGUUUCAGGAGGUAUAGUAGAAGAGUACCAGCUCCCCUAUCAUGACCUGGUACCCAGUGACCCCUCUUAUGAGGACAUGAGAGAGAUCGUGUGCCUUAAGAAGCUCCGCCCCUCCUUCCCCAACCGCUGGAGCAGCGAUGAGUGUCUGAGGCAGAUGGGGAAACUCAUGACUGAAUGCUGGGCUCACAACCCUGCCUCCAGGCUGACAGCUCUGCGGGUUAAGAAAACCCUCGCCAAAAUGUCAGAGUCCCAGGACAUUAAGCUCUGAUGUGAGACGAAGAAGCAUUUCUGUGGAAGGCCGACAGAUACUCUCUUCUUGUGGGCAGAGCCAAAAAAAUAUUCCAGAGGCAUCCACACUGUGAGCUUUGAACACCACUUUGCUUGCCAGGGAAGUCUGACCCAUGUCUCCUGGAGCAACCCAGACAGGCCCUGAGAAGUGCCCGGAUAUACAGACUCAUCCUUGUCUGUAGGAGGGAGACACUGCUUGGGUGCUCUGUUCAAGAUACGAUGCAUGCUGCUUUCUAAGAAAGCCCUGUAUUUUGGGAUUGCCAUUAAAAAGAAAAAAAGAUGCUUUAAUUUUGCCAAAAUGAAACAGAUGUAGCUGUUUUAAGGUUUAUACAAUGAUAGCUUAAAUAAGAACAGAAAUUCUUCCCAGAAACCCCGUUGGAAGAGAAAGUAUGCUCUCCAUUGAUAAGAUAGGAUUGCAUUCUACAACCCAAAAGGUAGUCUCAUUUUCCCCAGUGCCCUUCCCACUAGCUUCACGCUUCACACCACUUUGCCGGCCCUGCCACUGAGGCUCCCAAGGCACUGUGAGAGCACACGGGUACCCGUUCCUCCUGUCUGAAACCACUCCUACAGCCCCGGAAUAUGUGGAACAAGGGAAGGUUUUGUGACUGUAACAGAAAGCUUGAUGGGUGUUCUUUACAACAAUUUCUGUUUCAGUUUGUGUUAAGCAGAUAUUUCACCAUAAAUUCCCCCCCUUUCCCCCCCAUUAAAUACAAGCAAAGCCUUUUUUCCCCACCUCUUCCUUUUAAUGGGCAGAGAAUUGACCUGUGCGUGCUUGUGAUCUCAAAAAGCAGAAGAUCAAUAUUCAAUGAAAUUGCCAGGGGUUGUGUUAAAGACAAGGUGCUUUAAGAUAAUUUGCUCUUGUGUUGUAAGAAGGACAUGCCAUUAAACAAGGAGUUGAGGCUGGCUUAUUUGUUAUAUAUGCAACAGAUCUAAUCUCAGAAGCACAAGGAAUGAUGUGCAGACAUCUUAUUUUGUAUAGAUACAGAUGGUUUCUUCUAUUGUUGCUUUUUAUUUUUGUUACCUGAAUUAAAUGAUACAGGGGAAGUAUCCUUCAGGUUAAUUUCAAUAAAUCUUCAUUAAAAAAAUAGAUAAGCAAGGCAGCAGUGGCAUAUGCCUAUAAUCCUAGCUACUCAGGAGGCUGAGAUCUGAGGAUCAUGGUUCAAAGC